GACGAGCAAAAUGUGCGACAGCGCCGUGCGGCGGAGGGAGAGCAGAGAGCGGAGACACAGAGAGCAGGCCCAGCACUUCCAGCCAGCCAGCCGCGAGCCGAGCACCCAGGACAGGACAGGCCCCGGGACUGGGGGCCCCGAGUGCGGGUUCAUGAUCUGAGAGCCGACACCCGGACAGCAUCCUUCCUCGGGCUGACAUGGCCUCCAACACGGACCGAGAGAUGAUCCUGGCCGACUUCCAGGCUUGCACUGGGAUUGAGAACAUCGAUGAAGCUAUAACAUUGUUGGAACAGAACAACUGGGAUUUAGUAGCAGCAAUAAAUGGAGUGAUACCGCAAGAAAAUGGUAUAUUACCGAGUGAAUUCAGUGCAGAGACAGUACAAGGCCCUGUAUUUGUUCCCGCUGCAACCUCUUCAACCGCUGCAGUUCCCACCUCAUCCUCUACAUCAGCAUUUCGUCCUGUGGUUUCAAAUCGGCAGGUCGUAGAACGCCUUUCUCGUAUGUUGGACUUCAAAGUUGAAUACAGAGACAAAAACGUGGAUGUGGUGCUUGAUGACAGCUGCACUGUUGGAGAUAUCAAGCAGAUCCUAGAAAAUGAGCUCCAGGUUCCUGCAUCCAAAAUGCUUCUAAAGGGCUGGAAAUGUGGAGAUGUAGAAGACAGCACUGUUUUGAAGAGUCUUCAUUUGCCAAAAAACAAUAACCUUUAUGUACUGACCCCAGAAUUACCGCCUCCUUCAAUUUCCAGUCAAUCCAGCACCCUGCAGGAGUCAUUAAAUCAGACCUACUUGCUGAUCAUCACACACCGCGAGGUCCAGAGGGAGUACAGCCUGCACUUCUCCGGGAGCUGCACUAUACAGGAGGUAAAGAGAAAUGUAUAUGACCUCACUAGUAUCCCUGUACGCCAUCAAAUUUGGGAAGGCUGGCCUCCAACUGUCGUAGAUGACACUGUAAAUCUAGCGUCUUCAGGAAUCAGCUACCCGUGUCAUAGACUGAGUGUUUCAAGAAGAACGUCCCCGGUACAGACCAGAGAGCAGUCAGAAGAGCAGUGCACAGAUAUUCACAUGAUAAGCGACAGUGAUGGAGAUGACUUCGAAGAUGCUACAGAGUUUGGAGUAGAUGAUGGAGAGAUCUUUGGCAUGGCCUCCUCUUCUGCACUCAGAAAGUCCCCAAUGAUGCCUGAAAAUGCUGAAAAUGAAGCUGAUGCCUUGUUGCAGUUUACAGCAGAAUUCUCUUCCAGAUACGGCGAGUGCCACCCCGUGUUUUUUAUCGGAACAUUAGAAGCUUCAUUCCAGGAGGCAUUUUACGGGAAAGCAAGAGAUAGGAAGCUCCUUGCGAUCUACCUCCACCAUGACGAGAGUGUCCUUGCCAAUGUUUUCUGCUCCCAGAUGCUCUGUGCUGAAUCCAUUGUAUCGUAUCUAAGUCAGAACUUCAUCACCUGGGCUUGGGACAUGACUCGAGAAGCCAACAGAGCCAGGUUCCUCACAUUAUGUACCCGACAUUUUGGCAGUGUGGUAGCACAGACAGUCCGGUCUCAGAAGACUGAUCAGUUUCCACUUUUCCUCAUAAUAAUGGGGAAAAGAUCAUCUAACGAAGUAUUGAAUGUCAUCCAAGGAAAUACAUCUGUGGAUGAGCUCAUGAUGAGAUUAAUCUCCGCAAUGGAAAUAUUCUCUGCACAGCAGCAAGAAGACAUCAAGGAUGAGGAUGAACGAGAAGCUAGAGAAAAUGUUAAGCGGGAGCAAGACGAAGCCUAUCGCCUGUCUCUAGAAGCUGACCGUGCCAAGAGAGAAGCUGCAGAAAGAGAAAUGGCCGAACAGUACAGAUUGGAACAGAUCCGUAAAGAGCAAGAGGAGGAGAAAGAGGCUAUCAGAAUGUCUCUGGAGCAGUCUCUACCACCAGAGCCACAGGAGGAACACAGUGAGCCACAGAGCAAGCUGCGCAUCAGAACGCCAAGUGGGGAAUUCCUUGAGAGGCGCUUCUUAGGGUCCAACCCGCUGCAGGUGGUCUUGGACUUUGUAGCAUCCAAGGGAUACCCUUGCCACGAAUUCAAGCUGCUCAGCACCUUUCCACGGAGAGACAUAUCCCAGCUGGAUCCUUGCAGAUCCCUGAUGGAUCUCAAACUAUACCCUCAGGAAACACUUUUCCUAGAAGCCAAGGAGUAGUAGUUCAAUGAGCAGACUGUGAGCGCAGCGGUAGAGGCACCGCGUAAUGGGAAUAUGGAAGCUACUCACUAUCACCACCCCUGUUCUUUGCGUGCAUCUUCGCCGAAUAGAAGAUGAGACCCAUCACAGACCCCAUUCUUUGGGUUUUCAGCCUAAGCAGGAGACCAUCCCAGUACGGACACUUUAUUACUGCAUACUACCCAUCAUUCAGCUUCAUAUCGAAUGAGUGCACUAUGAUUACACCAAAUAAUAUUUCACUAGAGGAGUCUCCUGUUUGCAGUACGAGGGAAAUAACCCACCUGGUCCUUAAUAUAAUGAUGCUGAGUAUCUGUGUCCUUUAUAGUAUCCCUACUUACAAUAAAGGGGAUGGAUUGUCUGGGAAACAAACAAAUAUGAAAAUGUCCAAUAUGGAUGAGAGCAUUUUCUUUUUUUUUUUUUUACUUAGUUUAGUCCAAUAGCCAGCAGGUUCUGCUUUAGUUUUAGAAGGUUGCAGUGGGUGUUUGCAGAGUUCAGGUGGGUUUGACAUUUAGGAGUGUUCAUUUGAUGUGUUUAAAUGUAAUUUGUAAAAGGAAAAUAAGUGAAAUCCCACCUUGAUGUAAUAUCCAUCAAUAGCUCUGCAUUCUAGUUGCAGGUUCUGUACACAUAAGUUCCUCAUUGCAGGAUGUCUGCUUGCAAUUGACUACUUUAUCCAAAGCCUUUUAUGGAAGGGGCUAAAGGGAGCGCAGGUGAUGUGAACCCCACCUUCCAAGUAGCUGUGUAACUAAAGGGGAGUUAUUUUGGUUAUUAACUAUUAGAGCAGUUUGUAAAUAUUCUUAAUUUGUUUUCCUAUACAAUAUAUCCAUGCUUAAUGCAAAGAUGUGGCUGCCUUAAUUUUUUUAUUUUUUGUUUCUAAUUUUAUCCUGGAUAUUUUUCUCCAAUUUACAUUCUAAGUUUGUAAAUUGAAAACAUUUGAUAUGUCAUGUUUUCACCCAAGUAUAACGAUUUGGUAAAAAUGUGAGACUGCCUCCUUAAUCUUCCACAUUAAACAAAUCUAAGCAAACCCUUUUAAAUAAACAUAGCGUUGUGUUUUGCAAUUUGACAAUACGCUGUCUGUCUGACGCAUCUUGUUGCUGCAAUUAUUGCAAUUAUUACGGUCUGAUACCUAGAUUGCAGGGAUCCAAAAUGCCACCCAGACCCAAUAUGCCAGAUCACCUUCACAUUAUAUCAUAGAGAAAGCAAAAGGGCAACUGAUUUCUGCGGAUACUCAGCAUCACUAUACAGUGGCAUUUCCCUUCUGGGAGUGAAUAGAAUUCUUUAGCUCACAAAUAGCCUUCAACGGAUUUGCUUUGCAUGUUGGUAGGCAAUUUGCUGUGAUGGGUAUUGAAGGUUCUCUAUGCAGAGAGUCCCAUGAACACAGAACCUUUUCCUUCUCACAUUUUAUUACUUUUUAAUAUGUGUUUCUUUAUCAUCUUCAAAAUCCUGGACAUUCCUGCCUGGAUUCCGAACACUAAAACCCCACAAUGUUGAUAUAUAUAUUCUGUGUGUGUAUAUGUAUACACGAUAUCUACCAAAUAGGCCUGUUAUCCCCCUUGUCUAGUCUGCUCCACACUGUGCAGUCGUUAGCCAAUCAGACAUCAAAUUCUGGAAUGAAAUGUCCCAGAGACAAGACGUUGUCAGCAUCAAGCUUCACUGGUAGUUAAAACCCAUGCCGUAUUAGGGUUAUUUUAUAGUCAUCAUGGGGAGCAGAAACAUGGCUGUAUGUAUACACACACUUAGAUAUAUAUAUAUAUUGUCCAUAAUUAUAUAAUCUAUGAAGGCCAAGAAAAAAUAAGGUUGUUGAGAUGUUCCACAUGUGAAGGUUUUACAGUAUUACAGAGAAUGUUUAUAUUACCCGAUACUUUGAGGUUAGGAUUUGAGGGGACAUUUGAAGAAUAUACUUUGGUAAAUAAUUUCAGUUAUUUAUUUUGAUUUCUGCUUUUGGUUGCAGACCUGUUUAAUUUUUUUUUAGGUUGGGGUGGGAGGGUUUAAUUACUUUGCAGUGUGUGCCUCUUAAAUAUAUGCAUGAUGUGAAUAUUUAUCUCUGAAUAAAUAAGACCAACGCAGGAUACUUGAAAUCUUCCCAAUAUUUCGGAGUGUCCCACUUGGGAACAAAAUGAACUAGCACUGGUGACACGUUUAAUGGGGCGAGUAUUGUUAAAUCUGAGGACUGCAGGAAGGAAUAGUUAGUGCUUUCUUGGGUCUGUCUUACUGUGAUAAUAUGAUCUUACAAAAGGUUAAAUAAUAAAUUGCCAGGAAGGCACCAAAUCUGA